GGGACUCACUAAUGAGCUCCACUCUGCCUCCCCAUAGGAAUGUUUGCACUGGAGAGGAGUGAGUGAGAGAGAGAGAGCAAAAGGGGGCAGUCACAGAGCUGGAGGGAGGAAGGGAGGGUGGGAGCCAAGGAGUGGAGCUGGAGAGGAUCGUACCUGCUGCUCUCACUGCUCAAAUAUUAACAACGGGGUUUGUGGGAACCGAUGCCGCUGCUCUGGGACGAUCCCAAAGUGAGGAGGCAGCCGGGGGUUUGUGGACACAGUGUGCCGCUGCAUCUGAGAGCCUGAUGGAGGAGGGGGUCACAGAGCCCGAGCCUCAGGCGGUGGAGCUCACCGGCAUGCCCCCAGGAACCCCCUCGGAGGUAAACGGAGACUUACCGGGCAACCCAUACCUGAGGGAUGGGGCGGGGGUGAUGGAGAGUCCGGUGAGGGAGCCUGCUGUGCUGCAGUAUCCUGCCGAGUACAGCCAGCAGUACGGGGAGAAGAUGCCGUUCCACCACGUGACGGCAGGCCUGCUCUACAAGGAGAACUACCUGAGCCGCUCGCUAUCCGACAGCGACAGCGACGUCCUGGCCAGCAUCUCCGUGGAGGAGCUGGACGAGAUCCGGGAGGCGUUCAAGGUGUUGGAUCACGACGGAAACGGCUUCAUUUCCAAACAGGAGCUGGGCAUGGCCAUGCGCUCUCUGGGAUACAUGCCCAGUGAGGUGGAGCUGGCCAUCAUCAUGCAGAGACUCGACAUGGACGGUGAUGGACAGGUGGAUUUCGAGGAGUUUAUGACGAUCCUUGGACCCAAACUGCUGUCGUCUGAAACGAGAGAUGGCUUCCUGGGCAGCACAAUAGAUAGCAUCUUCUGGCAGUUCGACAUGCAGAAGAUCACCCUGGAGGAGCUGAAACACAUCCUGUUCUACGCCUUCCGCGACCAUCUGACCAUGAAGGACAUCGAGAACAUCAUCAUCAACGAGGAAGAGAGCCUGAAGGAAAACUCUGGCAACUGUCAGACAGAGUUUGAGGGAGUCCACCCUUCAAAGAAGAACCGUCAGACGUGCGUGAGGAAGAGCCUGAUCUGCGCCUUCGCCAUGGCGUUCAUCAUCAGCGUGAUGCUCAUCGCAGCCAACCAGAUGCUGAGGAACGGCAUGGAGUAGCUCCGCCCAAUGAGCAGGGAGCAGCCUGCAUGUGCAUGCCAGGCGGUGAGAUCAUAUCCCUGCUGAUAGGAAAAUAACUAAAGGAAGAACACGAAUCAUCGAGAAAAUACAUUUUUGAAUGUUUUCUUCGUUUUUUUUCGAACAAGUGGCACCUCUCCACCUGAAGCCAGCAUGAGGAGUCAUGGAGGCUCCUCCCCCUUUACUCUGACAGGGACACUCAAGGGCUGACAUUACACAUAAUACUCUGUCGUGUAUGUUUCCUUGAUGCAAUAAAAAAAAGUAACAAAAAAAGAAGCUUGAGUGCAGGAGUUCAGAGCUGCAGAUCUGUCACCCAGCAGGAGUCUGAUGAGCCACCAGGACUGAAAUGGAACCACGGAAAGGGAAGAAUAGUUAUUUUCUUAUGCUUCCUGGAAGUAUAAUGAUAGACCCGGCCGCCACUCAAGCAGAAAGAGCCGUACGUCACAGUUCACAGUGCUCCAGCUCUCCAACCUUCUAUUUCCAUCUCCAUCUCCUGCGUCUGUGGCUGGUAUAAAGUGCUGGCAUCAGAUCAUCCACCCACACCAAGCAGUCAAGCGUGCAGUCAAAAUGUUGAAUGGUAACUCCUGGCCUGUGUUUUGGCCCUGUGAUAUUCAUUUUAGAACACACUAGCUCAGAAACGUGGUUUUUAGAUCUCCUCCUUCACUGUUGGUUGAACACUGUUAAGGUGCUAAGAAAAGUUGUCUUUGUCCUGUUCAAAUAAAAGAUCCACCCUUUCAUAUGAAAGGGUAGGUCUUUUAUUUUACCUGGAUAACACGCUGGAAUUAUGGAAGGAAGUUGGGUUCAAACUUGGUAAUAUGAAAACAUGCAGUUUGUAAAUGCUGUAAGGUUUACAGAUAGGUGUACAGUAUAUAUACUGUAGAUGUAAGGGUGGAUUUUUUCCAUUCAAAUCUAUACAGUAUGUCAUGUUAAAAUGAAAAGGAAUUAUAAUUUAUCCAUCUAUGACCCUAUCACUGUUGCACAUUUUAUUAAUUUGAAUCCAUCAUUUAAAUUAAGUCUGCAAAGAUCUAUAUAUGAACAAAAAAAUAUAUUUAGCAUUCAACAUUUUUUCAUUUUUUAAUUGUCCCUAUUGUGUGAAGACCACAGAUAAAGAACUGUGAAUCACAACAAUUUCUGUAAAAUAAGGGUCUUGUCAAACUUUGAGUGACUUCCUAACAGGUUGAUUCUGACUGAGGUGUGCUCUAAACUCCUGCUCUGACAUCAUCACGUCACAUGUAUGUACAAACACCUGUUAUCAAGUGCAUGAGAUCAAGUACGCGUCUUUUGUAAAUACACUGUCUGG